AUGUCCGAUCAAAGAGUCUUCUCAAGAUAUAAAGCUAGUGAAAUCAACGCGGAGUUGCAGAGCUAUGAAGUCAAUAAAUUUAAGUUGAACAGUAUUAAACGAAAGAAUGCGCUUAGAAAGAUUGUUGCGAACCUAACGUUGGGUAAUUACAAUGAAAUGUCCUUGUUAGGAGACGCCAUUCACAAAUUUUGGCAGAUUGACGAUGACUUCGAAGUGAAAAGAAUAUGCCAUGAGUAUGUAUCCGUGAUUGGGUCCAUGAAACCAAGGCUGGUGGUGGAUUUCCUUCCCAGUAUACAGGAUGAUCUAAAAUCCCGAAACUCUAAGGUACAAGUUUUAGCAUUGAGAACGCUAAUGCAAAUUCCGAGUUCUGAAUUUCUUGAUGAAGCAAUGAAAUUCUCAAAGUUGAUAGUUUCGAGAAAAACUACUAUGUCUAAAGAUGUUACAAAAGCAGCCAUUCUUAAUUUGAUACAAUUAGAUGAAAUGAAUCAUGAAGAAAUACUUAAAUUAGUACCGUACCUAUUUGAGAUCAGUGAAGAUCAAAGCGAAGCAAUAACAAUAAGAGUUGCUGCAUUACAUACAUUAUAUUUGAUACACGAGAAAAAUCCUCAGAUGGCUCCGUUGAAUAUCGGCGUUGACGCUGCAUUCAACAUCUUGGAAAACAUAGAGAAAGCUAAUGAAUGGGAUAAAGGUCUGAUAAUUGAAACAUUACCUGUGACUGUAGUCCCCAAUACGCAUGAUGAUGCUUAUGAUCUGAUAGAUCUAAUUUUACCACAACUACAGAACGUUAAUACGUACGUUGCAUUAGGUACUCUAAAAUUCAUUCUUUAUUUGCUAAAUUACGUGGAUUCUAUCAGUGAAACUGUUAUCAAAAGAAUUUCCAACUCAAUUGUUGCGUUACUAGAUAACCCUCCAGAAAUACAAUUCCUAAUUCUGAGAAAUGUGAUCUUACUACUGUUAAGCAGAGGAUCAGACAUGCUUAAGUUAGAUAUCUCAUAUUUUUUCAUCCAAUUCAACGAUCCUAUUUAUAUAAAGGAUACGAAACUAGAAUGCUUGUAUUUACUAGCAAAUAAGAAUAACUUAAUUCAAAUUCUAGAUGAAUUGGAACAAUAUGCGACUGAUAUUGACAUUCAGAUGUCGAGGAAGGCUAUAAGAGCAGUCGGUAAUUUGGCUGUGAAACUGGAUGAUAGCGCUGCUGCGAACUGUUGUGAUACUCUUGCAGAUCUGUUAGACUUCGGAGUCGAUUUUGUUAUACAAGAAAUAAUAUCAGUUUUUAGGAACAUUUUCCGGAAGUAUCCAAAUAACUUUAAAGACUACGUCCCAGACUUGAUAAAAUGCAUAGAUAUAGUGGAAGAACCAGAGUCUAUUAAUGCAAUGAUCUGGAUAAUUACCCACUACUACAACAGUAUUCCUAAUUAUCUUGAUGAGUUUAAACAAUUUUCCGACUCUAUCGAAGGACAAGCACUAGAAGUUCAAUAUUCAAUUUUGAGCUCAAGCGUUAAGUUUUUUCUUCGCUCACCAUCAGAAGAAACGGAAGCAAAUUGUAUUAAUAUUCUCAAAUAUUGUACCGAGAAAGCAGAUAACAUUGACCUAAGAAAUAGAGCGUUUGGCUACUGGAGAUUACUUGCCCUAACUAAAUCUGAAAAAGCCGAGGAACAAUUACCCAUUGAUACUGCUCUAAAAAUUAUCGAUGGUGAAUUACCUAUGCUAGAACUGAACACGAAACUAGAUUCUGCAGUUCUAGAAGAGCUGGAACUAAACAUGGGAUCUAUAGUAUCGGUAUAUUUAAAACCUGCAUCCCAAAUAUUCAAAAACAGUAAAUUAAAAUCAUUACCAAAGAAUUCAAUACUUAUUGAGAAUAGGGAACAACUCGUUAUUAGACCUGAUUCAAACAACAGUAUCCCUGAAGAUGUUGAGGUAAAUGACUAUUUCGCACCUAGGAAAUUCAUGUCAGGUACCGGAACUGGAAACUCAACACCUGGUACACCACAUUCUGGCUCUUCAAGUCAACGUAAAACCAUGGCGGAUUACGACAGACCAGCUGAGAAAGUUAAUCAACUAAGCGGUAAGAGAAAAUCCAGCACCAGUGGCACCACAAACCUAUCACGUAAACCGUCGCAGCUGUUGAGAAGAAUUUCUUUGAAGAAAACCCCAUUUUAA